GGUACUAAAAAUCAUAGCUGCAUGGCGCGCGUCUUGCUUUUCCAGAGUUUCACAUCAACAAAUGCAACAUUUUCUUUCAGCGAUCGUCAUCCGCAGAUGCGACGAAAUUUAAUAACUUAUUCAACAGGUGUAGUUGAAGAUAACUGAAAAGAACUUUUUUGAACCGCAGACGAUAUUUUAAGAAUUUAUUUUUAUGAUAUGUAUUUAUGGACUGGAUUUAUUUACGAGAUUAAUACCGACAUUAAGUAGCUGAUAUUUAGUGGAAAUAAAACAAACCUAAUAAUUCUGUUAUCCAUGAACUGAAAAAGGAAAUUAAGAAAUACGAAGUAAAGUUGGAAGGAAUUUUGAUAAUUAUUAAAAAUGAUAAAAUAGUAUGUGUUUGAUUUUUGUUUUGGAAUCAGAUCACUAGAUAAAGUUGUUAUAUCAUCAACCAGAAAACAACUGCUGUUUUAUAGUGACAUUUUCUUCCUUCUUUACUUUCAAUUUAAAACGAAAUAAAAACAAAAUGGAAAAUACAUCAACAAAAUGGCCAACAACUGUUUUGGUGCGUAUAGCAAAGAGGCCGUCACUUGGUCUUGGAAUUGUUGUGACCCCGCGUCCUCAACAUCUUGGUCUGGUCAUUGCCGAACUCAUCAGAGGGAGUGAGGCUAUAAAGACCGGGCUCUUAAGACCUGGUGACCAGAUUCUUAAGGUAAAUAAUAAAGAUUUGGAGCACUUACCAUACGAGCAAUGUCUUCAUGUUCUUCAGGAGUUGCCAGUGGAUGAGGAAGUUGAGAUUCUGAUUCGCGUACCAGAUGGGUACACGACGAGAUUGGUGACAACAUUCAACGAGGAAGGGGUGUCUCGCACCACCAGAAUUACCAGCCUGAUACCAUCGUCUGAAUCGCCUUCGCAUCGUAGACGAAGGGAAUCUAUUCCAGAUGAAAAAAUUCGGAGUUUAAAAGCAAGUUUGCACCAGAACGAUGUUGGAGGUGUCGCCAAUGAUAAUAAACUGAAUAACGGCGUAUCGUUUAAAUCUAGUACAACUCUAAUACCUAUAAUGAAAGAAAAUGGUCUCUCAUCUCAUGUGCAAAUGUCACCAGAGAGACCUGCGACACUGUCUGCCAAUAGCAAUCAAGGCAGCCGAAAAAGCUCUGUAUCCUCCCCAUCUCGUAGACCUGUACGCUUGAAAAACAUUAUCUCUGGACAUGAGUCUAUAGAAACCUUAUUCUUAAAAUCAACUGAGACUGUGCCAUGUAGUCCGACAAAAUGUAUGGGAUCGAUCAUGUCUUGUCCAUCCAAAAGAGCAGCGGGGACGCCAAGACCCAAGGAUGAAGUGCUGAGGGAUGCCAAACAUUUUUUCGACCAAUACUUUUGCAGUAUUAAAAGAAUGAAUUCUCCAAGUCACGUCAGAAGAUGGAAAGAGAUAAUGAGCGAAGUCGAAUCCAGUGGCACUUAUGAAUUAAAGGAAACUGAAUUGGUGUAUGGUGCUAAACUUGCUUGGAGAAAUGCGCCAAGAUGCAUCGGAAGAAUACAGUGGUCUAAAUUACAAGUUUUCGAUGCCAGAUACGUUUCCACUGCUCGAGAAAUGUUUGAAGCCCUUUGCAACCACAUUAAAUACGCCACAAACAAAGGAAACAUCAGAUCUGCCAUAACAAUAUUUCCGCAAAGGACUGAUGGUUUGCGGGAUUGUAGAGUAUGGAACACACAGUUAAUAAUGUAUGCCGGUUACAAACAAGAAGAUGGAACCAUUAUUGGGGAUCCGGCUAGUGCUGACUUUACCGAAUUGUGCCUAAAAUUGGGCUGGAAAGGUGCAGGACAAAAAUGGGACAUCUUGCCUUUAGUGUUGUCUGCUAACGGUCAUGAUCCUCAAGUAUUCGAUCUGCCUGAAGAACUGGUAAUGAGAGUACACAUCUCCCAUCCAAAGUAUCCUUGGUUUAAGGAUCUCAAUAUCCAAUGGUAUGCAUUGCCCGCAGUGUCCAGUAUGUUAUUCGAUGUUGGUGGACUGGAAUUUCCUGCAGCUCCUUUCAAUGGGUGGUACAUGGUAACGGAAAUAGGAGCCAGAGAUUUAUGCGAUCCUCACCGAUUCAACAUACUAGAAGAGGUAGCUACUCGUUUAGGAGUUGAUAUGCGAGCACCUUCAACUUUGUGGAAAGAUAGAGCAGUAGUCGAAGUAAAUUACGCAGUUAUUUACAGUUUUCAGAAAGCCAAUGUCACAAUUGUGGAUCAUCACACAGCAUCCGAAUCAUUUAUGAAGCAUUGGGACAAUGAAUUGAGACUCAGAGGAGGAUGUCCGGCAGAUUGGGUGUGGAUUGUUCCCCCUCUCAGUGGUAGCCUAACACCCGUCUUCCACCAGGAACUGCUUCUCUACAACCUUAAACCCAGCUAUGAAUACCAGGACCCACCGUGGAAGACACAUGUUUGGGAAAAAGACAGAGAGUCUUCCGGCAAUGGGCCAAGAACUCCUUCCAGAAAAUUCCGUUUUAAAGAAAUUGCAAGGGCAGUGAAAUUUACGUCAAAUUUGUUUGGAAUGGCUUUGUCUCGGCGAAUUAAGGCAACCAUCUUGUUUGCAACUGAAACUGGUCGGUCUGAACACUACGCUAAAAUGCUGGGUGACAUAUUUUCUCAUGCUUUCAACGCUAAUGUAAUAUGCAUGGUAGACUAUGAUGUUAUCAAUCUAGAACACGAAACUCUUCUUCUUGUUGUUACUAGCACUUUCGGAAAUGGAGAUCCACCUGAAAAUGGAGAAGCAUUUGCAAGGAGUCUUCAAGCGAUUAAAAUCACAGGAGAAACAACGCCAGAUGCUGAAUAUAUUAGCAGUACUUGUAUGCCGUUUGUAAGGAUGAACAGUAUGCCACUGGAAUCAUUAGAAGAUGAAGGGACCAACUGCACACCUACAACAGAACUGGAUGAUGAUAUUGGACCGCUUAGCAACGUAAGAUUUGCCGUUUUCGCUUUGGGUUCUAGUGCUUAUCCAAAUUUCUGUUCAUUUGGACGCUACGUGGACUCAAUGUUGGGAGAACUGGGAGGAGAAAGGAUGGUCAAGAUGGGGACCGGAGAUGAGCUUUGUGGUCAAGAAUACACGUUCAGUCAAUGGGCGCAGGAAGCAUUUCAGGUUGCUUGUGAUGUGUUUUACGUUGGGGAUGAUAUAAAUCUGAGUGAUGUGAAGGCUAGUCUCCAAUCUAAUACCACUUGGAGCCCCGAAAAGGUCAGGCUCGUUGAAGUACCUGAACCAACAGACAUAUGUGCAGGUGUAUCAAAAGGAACGAAUCGAAAAGUUGUUCCAUGUAUUUUAAAAGAAAGAAAAGUUCUUUUCCAUGAAGAAGACAGUCGAAAAACACUGCUGAUUGUCAUGUCUACGCAAGACAGCCCCAGCAUGAAAUAUUUACCUGGCGAUCACGUGGGUAUUUAUGCAGCCAACAGGAAGGAAAUAGUCGAUGGUAUUUUGAGCCGCAUGACGUCAACUUGUCCAGAUCCGGACAAACCCUUCCAACUGCAACUGAGAAAAACUGUUCAAACUUUAGAUGGUCUGAACCAUAGAUGGUAUCCACAUGAAAGAAUACCAGCUUUGACCAUGAGAACAGCUUUGACCAGAUACUUGGACAUCACAACGCCACCUGGUCAGCAAUUUUUAAGAGAUCUGGAAACAAUGGCAACGGACGAAGGAGAAAAAAGAAAAAUGAAACUGUUAGCAACGGUAAAAUUCGUAAUAGAUGUUUGUUUAUAUGAAAAUAUUUUUAUCAUUAUUGUUAUAAUUCAGUGUCAAUAUUCAUGCAUGUUUUCUGACAUCAAAAAUUAAAUAAACAUCCGAACUCU